AUGGGGCUGUUUGGUUUUCAGGCUUUGCAGGGAACUGGUUGUUCGGAUUUAGGCUUGAGGGAACAACAGCGUGAGUUGAACAAGGAUGACAGACAUGCGCAGGGGAUCUGCGACGUGCUCGUGGAGACGAUGAAACGGGAACAUGAGCUCCACGUAGACCCUCUCACCGACUUCGCCAUCUGCUGUGGCCAAUCCGAGGCCUUAGCUGCAGCAACAUUUGCAAUCAUAGAUCCAGGGGAUCAUGUUUUGCUCUUCGACCCCGCUUACGAAACGUACCAAAUGUGCAUCGAGCUGGCCCGGGGUGUCCCUGUGUAUGUGCCAUUGGAUCCACCUUCUUGGACACUGAACGAGGAUAAGUUUUUGGAAUCUUUAACGAGUUGGACAAAGAGCGGGAUCUUAAAUAGCCCACAUAAUCCAACAGGGAAGGUUUUUAGCAAGGAGGAGUUGCUUAUUAUUUCUAAAGCUUGUCAUAAAAUGGAUUGCUUUGCAAUAACAGAUGGGGUUUAUGAGUAUAUUACUUACGACGAGAAUAAGUAUAUCUCUCUGGCUUCUCUUCCAGGAAUGCAAGAGAGAACCAUCAUCACAUCUUCACUGUCAAAAACUGAUAGUGUAACUGCUAGCUGUGCAAACAUACUAGGUUGGAGAAUUGGAUGGGUUUGUGCUGGAGCAAACAUAGCAGCAGCAAUAAUAAAUAUCCAUGUCAAACUUACAGAUUCAGCUCCUGCACCAUUCCAAGAAGCUGCAUUGAUUGAUUUUUUUUUAAAAAAAGCUGCAUUGAUUGCAUUAACCAGCACAACAGACUAUUACGAGUCCCUUAAAACAGACUAUGUGGUGAGAAGAGACUUCAUUCUUCAAUUUCUGAAAAAUUACGGUUUCCACAUUAGCUUCGAGCGGCAAGGUUCGAUCUUUGUGCUUGCUGAGUUGCCCAAGUCUUGGAAAAUUUCAGAUGUGAGAUAG